AUGACCGAGCUGAACGCCUUCAUCUCUAACGGCACAUGCUACCAUGCGUCCGGCAAGAAGGUCGACGAAUGGCUACCGUGCGGCAACACUGCCUUUGGCCAAUUCACAUGUUGCCAACGAUCUGACAUGUGCUUGUCAAGCCGGGCUUGCUACAACGCACGAUUUGGAGUUACCUAUCUCGGCGGUUGCAGCGAUCCAGAGUACAAGGAUGCGAGUUGCCCAGACAAGGGUGCCUUGAGCAGUCAACCUUGGGCAGGACUCGUGUACUGCAACGGUACAUCGGAACAAUGGGUAGCCUGCGAGCAAAAGGCACGACCGACGACACUCACAUCAGCAGACGCAUGCUGGUGCCCCCAAACAUCACGAACAGUCGCAUUCACCGAUUCCUCGAUCCUUGAGAAUGUCGUCCAGCUCCCUACCGCCCUCGGAGGGAGCGUCAUCUGGCAACCUGGACACGUUCCACUUCCAACACAACCCAAUACGACACCGACGGGCACAACUACUCACACGACAGCCUCAAUAACAAACGCGAGCUCCGCAUCGCAGCCGACAGCUACAAAUACGAACGAAGAAGAUGAUGGAACAACCAUGACGGCAGGAUCCAAGGUUGGCAUUGGCGUCGGCGUCGGAUUAGGCUGCACCGUUCUUCUCGCAGUGCUGAUUUACCUGUUCUUCGCCCGCCGGAAAUGGCAGAGGGGCGAUAUGGCUGAGCUGGACAACACAAAGUCGGAAGGCGGGAAUGGCUGGGGCCGCAGUCCAAUGACACCGGGGACUGCUGUUUCGGAACUGGACUCCAACACGCAUCAGUGGUCUGACAGAAUGGAGCUGGACGCGACACCGAGAGGCUCCACGGUAGAUGGAUUGGAUGGGUAUGGAAGCAAGGUCCACGAACAAGGUCAAACUUAUUCACUUGGCAAGUCGCUGAGCAACUUCCCGGAUGAUUCCAUGAUGUGA